AUGGAAAAUGCUUGUGAGGCCGCCAUAACAAGCUUAGAGAAGCGGACAGCUAAGCUGCAGCAGUGGAGGGCUAUCUCUUUAGAGGUUGGCAACCAGGAGGUGCAGCAGCUAGAGUCUGCUGUUGCUGCGCUGCAGCAGCAGCAGCAGCAGCUGCAGCAGCACAGAAUGGAGGCCCUUCCUGCAAUAGAGACAGCAGCAGCAGCAGACCUAAAGGAACUAAAGAAAUCAUGGGGAACCGUUAUACCUUCGUCAAAGGCGAAGGACAAAUGUAAAGAGUUAUGGGCUUCUCUUGCGCAAGUUAAAGACACCAGGAAGGCAGCAGCGGAUGAAUUGACAGCAAAGCUUAAUGACGCAUUUGGAGAAGCAGAGAAGGCAAUUAAUGAGGAAGCGAAGGCACGGAGACAUGCAGAAGAAGUUUUAAAUGAGUAA